GUCUCUAAAUAAUUACCCUUUCAAAGCAACAGGUACUAGUGAAGAAGACGGUAUAUGUGACGAAGUCUUUUCUUUGCUCUUUGUGGUCGUGAGCGGCAUAUGAGAUGAGUGUGAGUCACAAUGAGUUGGAACUGUUAGAUUUCCAGCAGUUGAGUCAAAUGUCGUUGGUCAAACUAGACGUCUCAUUUAAUACUCUCAAGCUGCUGUCUUCCAGUAAGCAGAACAUAAAUUCAAUAAAAGAACUUGAUCUUAGCAACAACAGAAUUAACAAGCUAAUAGGCUGUGAGAAUCUUGUUAAUCUCGUUUAUCUCAAUGUGAAGAAUAAUCUUCUCACUCAUGCGAAUGAACUGAAUUGUUUGUCAAAUCUCACUCAUUUGUCAGACUUGGUGGUUGCAGGAAAUCCGUUUGCGAGGGGAAUGUUGCGUAGGGCAAGUGUGUUUGCUAGAUUGCAUCUUGUUGCUAGACAGUUAACUUUAGACGGCUACAAGAUGUCACGAAGAGACGAGUUGAAAAUCCGACGUCACACAUCUGUCUCUCCUCCACAUCAUCUCAUCUCAAACACAUCAUCAUCAUCCAGACCCCAUCACUCUUGCUCGUUAUCCGUCCCGACUUCGUGUGCAACACACAACAUUCAACAACCAACAGCGAGUGUCAAACCAUCGUCUCAAACGGUUGAAAACAGACAGACGAAACGAUCACUAGCUGCUCUGACUUUACUAGAGAAGACGGAAAUGAAUGGACGUGACGUCAUAACGGAUUUAUGAGUGACGAUAAGCCGUCGAGGGAUGAGUGUGAGCAUAACACUCGAUCAUCAUCAACACUUCAUUCUCCAUUAACGUCUUAUAGUUUGGCCUCUGAUCAUCGAGGACACGCCCACACACCAGAGGAAGGAAAUGAGUUGAGAACAUGGUCAUCGACUGCAUGUCCACACACUGUGGCAGUCCCUCGUUACCAUGUUGAUAUCAAUGAUUUGAAUAUGGGAGGACACGAUUCGUUGUCUCUUUCGGGUGAAAAUCUGAGUGAGGGAGAGGGUUAUGAGAUGAGAAAGAGUGGAGCAAUUUGAGCACAUGUUGACUAGCUGAGUGACGAUGCAUGCUAAUCUUGCAGUCAAUCGGGUCAUCACAUGCACACACACUAGAUUGUCACGAUGCAUAGAGGUAGAGAUGAUUACUCAUUUUUAAUUGACAGACUUAUGUGAUUGUUUUAGCACUCAGCAAUAAAUAUUUUGUCUAAAUAAAAAUUGGUUUGGAGUGA